GGAGAAGAGAUAAAUCUGCAGCCAGAUUCUUGUGUGAAAGUGCAAGAGAUUGGAAUAAGAAGUUUAGUGCAAACACCAAUGACAAAUAUCUUGGAGCUAGACACAAUUGUGACAGUCGUCAAAACAUACAAGGUGCUGAAUGACACAAAGAUGGUGCUGUUGUUGGGCGACCAGGGAGGUAACAUCAGAAAGGUUUAUUAUAACAAGCAAAAGACAAAGCAAUAUCUUCAAUACAACCUCGGUCCAGACCCAAUUGCUAGUGACAUGGAGAUUGAUACUGAGGAAGAUGUUGCUUAUAUUCUGACUGGUAAUACUAUCGUCAAAUUCCCUGCCUGGUCCUGUGCCGUCCACUCAGAAUGUGACCAAUGUUUGAUUAGUGACGACCCCAUUGUCUGUGGCUGGUGUGAGGACACUUGCACAAGUCAACAAGAAUGCCGUGAUGCUGGGAAAAACUGGAGCUCAGGCUUGAGGGCCUCCUGCCCGCCAACAGUCAGAGAUUUGAUGCCUCGGUGUGGGCCCACAGCAGGAGGAACCACUGUGACCAUCCAUGGGAAAAACUUUGGGGAACCCAGUGCCACUCACAAAGUCUGGAUUGGCAGAGUUGUAUGUGCUAAACAGAGCCACAAUGCUACCAGAAUCACCUGUGAAACAGGGGAGGCCCCUGAAGAACUCUCGGCCCCAGUGACAGUCAGUAUCCAUGAUCCGAGCUACCCACCUGGUCGUCCCUACCAAGUUAACGGCCAGCAGAAUUCUUCAUAUCCCUUCUGUUUUAAGAACAUCAAAGUUCGCAGCUUCUUUCCAACACGAGGGCCCCAGUCAGGGGGCACAAACAUCACCAUCAGGGGAAAACACUUGGAUAUAGGAUCAUCCAUUUCAGUAAAUGUGUCCGGCAUUCCUUGCAACCCUGUCAGUAUCUCUUCAAGUGAGCUCUCCUGCAUCACUCAGAAAUGGAGCGCUAAGUUUUCUAGAGCUGCCAGAGACACUUCUAGAAUCAAAGGUCAAGGGGCAGUACUGGUGAGCAUAGAUAGAGCAACAGUGAUGGCCAUGGAGAAUGGUGUACCCCUGCAGUUUUCCUACAUGGCUGAUCCAGUCAUCAAAAACAUCCUACCACAGAGAUCUAUUCUCAGUGGUGGGAUCCCACUAACUGUCACUGGCAGUAACUUGGAUGCAUCAGUUACUCCCCAGUUGAGAGGAACAUAUGGUUCCAAUAAUGCAGAUUUAGGCAUCUCAUCGCCUUGCCAGGUUGGUCCUGAAGGCACUCAGAUGAUAUGCCCAUCUUUGAAUGUGUCUGGCGUCAUCAAGAAACUGGACAAACCACCAGAGAGUGUCCGCAUCUACUUCUGGUACGAUGGCAACAAGGUUUACAGGGACUCUGUUACUGCAGGUAGCCUGUUUCUUCAAUACUACCCAGACCCCGAAUUUCUGCAGUUGCCUCAGAUGGUCAGUGAGCACGACGUCAGUUCAGGCGAGAUUGUCUUUUCAGGACGCAAUCUGGAUUUUGGAGUGACUAUACCAGACAUCCACAUCUCCAUUGGAAGCAAGCCUUGCACUGUGACCUCCUUGACUAGCACAGAGCUCAAGUGUCAGCCUGAUGUCAGUGGUCUUAAAGUCAAUGAGAAAGAGAAGUACUCUGUCCAGAUACAAGUGGGACACCUGGUCUUCAACAACUCUCAGAUUGGGUAUGUGGAGUUUGUCCAGCCAGCUCAGGCCGGCUCUCUGUCACCAGCAUUCACAGCUUUAAUCAUCAUCAUCCUCUUGAUUGUUGCAGCUGUCAUUAUUCUCCUUAUCGUCAUGAAGCGCCAACGCUGUGGAUUUUUCAAGGUCCGAGGCGAGUUUAGCUCAGUCCAGUACACUGCAGAUCAGGAUGCUGAACACAGCCUCAUGCGCCCAGAUGUUCAGCGCAAUCACAACCUGGACAAUGAUUACACUGAAGGAGGUGCCACCUACUACGGCUCAGGGGGUUACCGUGCACACAUUGACGAGGAGACUCUGAACCUGAUUGAGUCCGAGCAUCUGCUGGUGGACAGGGAAUGCCUGACAUUGGCUGAUGAGAUUGGCAAAGGCAACUUUGGCUGUGUCAGGAGAGGAUUUCUCACUUUGCCAGAACAGAAAGGAGAUAUUCUUGUUGCUGUAAAAACUUUGCAUG